CCGAUAACUCAUCUCUUCUUCAGCAACACACGUGCUGGCUUGUUUUUGCGUUGUAUUUCACAAAUAAAAAUUUGUGAAAAUGCGCAUUGAAACAUGCUAUUUUUGCUCCAGCAAAAUCUAUCCGGGUCAUGGAGUGCAGUUUGUGCGAAAUGAUUGUAAAAUCUUCAAGUUCUGUCGUGGAAAAUGCCACAAGGCCUUUAAGCGCAAGAAGAACCCACGUAAGGUAGCAUGGACGAAGGCACAUCGCAAAGCGGCUGGCAAGGAACUGGCGAUCGAUCCCAGUUUUGAGUUUGAGAAACGCCGCAAUGUGCCCAUCAAAUACAGUCGCGAGACUUGGCAGAAGGCCAUUGAAGCGAUCAAGAAGGUCACCGAGAUCAAGGAGCGUCGCGAGAAGCACUUUGUCAUGGAACGCCUCCGCAAGGGCCGACAGGUCGAGAUCCAGAUGGACGUUAAGGAUGUGCAACGCAACAUGUCGCUUAUACGUUCCCCGGCCGCCGGCUUGAGAGAGCGUCGCGCCAAGGAGGAGGCCGAACAGAGUGCGCUUAUGGACGAAGAUCUGCCCGAAGAGGAGAUCACUUAUGUCGAUGCACGCGAAUUGGAAAAGAGACUCGAGGAGGGCCUGGGAGUGGAGGACUUGGAGAUGUUAGAAGCUUAAGAAUCAUAUACGGUUUUAGAUUUAAGUUGCUGCCUAUACAAAAUAUAGUAGACCCCUUUUAAA